AUGUCUAAGUUCUUUCGCGGUGGAGAGGAGAGCUCCAGCGAGAGCGACUCCGGCGAUGAGGUGUCCAUCAACGGCUCCGAAGAGUCUUCCGACGACGAGCAGCAGGUGAAGAAGCCGCAGAACAAGUUCCUCGCUGGGAACGACGACUCAGAUGACGACUCGGACGAGAGCGAGGAGGAAUCUGAGGAGGAAUCCGACUCCGACGAUGAUGCUGGAAAGGGAGGCGCCGGCUAUUUCUUGAAGGACGCUAGUUCCGAGAGUGAAGACAGCGACGACGACAAACGCUCAGCCGUCAAAAGCGCCAAGGACAAGCGUGCAGAGGAGCUGGAUGCCUCGAUCAAGCAGAUUGAGAACGGCCAGAAGAAUGGAGACUGGACUUUGAUUUCCGCAGAAUUUGACAAGCUCAGCCGACAAGUAGAGCGUUUGCAAGGACCCAGGGGCAAGGCACCCAAGACAUGGAUCCGCACCAUUGCUGAGCUCGAGGAUUUCAUGAACGAGGCUCUUGCGAAAGCCAAGGUCACGCCCAAGAAGAUGAACGCCACGCAGGCGCGCGCCCUCAACGCCAUGAAGCAGAAGAUCAAGAAGACCAACAAGAGCUACCAGAAGGACAUUGACGCAUACCGGGCGGACAAGGAUGACUUUAUGGAGUCGUCCGAGGAGGAGGCGCCCGCGCCGGCCCCUACCAAGGUCAAGAUCCCCAAGUCAUCCGACCCCAUCGCCCAGCCCACCGAGGAGGACAUGGAAGGUUUCACAGAGGUCACCCAGGGUGGCCGUACUGUCAAGUACACCCCUGAGAGUAUCCUCAAGCACCUGCGUGCGAUCCUGGACACGCGCGGCAAGAAGAACACGGACCGAUCCGAGCAGAUUGGAGUGCUGGAGAAACUGCACGCCACGGCCAACACGCCAUACCAGCAGAUCCGCGUUCUCUUGACCUUGAUAUCCUCGCGCUUCGAUCUUGCCUCUGGCUCAUCAGGCGCCAUGCCCGUGGAGCAUUGGAAAUCUGCUGAAAAGGAACUCUCUACUCUGUUCAACAUCCUCGAGCAGAACAAGGAGUAUGUGGUUGUUGAGAACGCCGAGGAGUGGGAAGACGACGAGAAGGUGCCCGUACUGCAGCCUGGUGAAAAGCACAUCAAGGUUGCCGGCAGCCUCGUGUCCUUUGUGGAGCGUCUGGACGAUGAGCUGGGCCGCUCGCUGCAGAGCAUCGACCCUCACACCUCGGAGUACAUUGAACGCCUGCAAGACGAGGGCUCCCUAUACAACAUCAUUUUCCGAGGACUCCUCUACACCGAGUCCCUGCGCAAGGAAGAGGAUCUGGAUGUGUCUCAGGACACUGUGAACCGCAUUGUGAUGCGCCGUCUCGAGCACGUGUACUUCAAGCCUGCCCAGGUCAUCAAGGUCUUUGAGGACAAUUGCUGGAAGGCUGUCGGCAGUGAUGUCGAGUCCGAUAUCACCGGUCGUGCGGCGUCCGCCGACGCCACCAACCUGGUGGGCACGCUCUGCAACUACCUGUUCAUCCACAGCGAUGGCAUUAUCCGUGCCCGCGCUAUGCUGUGCCAGGUCUACUUCCUCGCCCUCCACAACGAGUACUACAAGGCUCGCGACAUGAUGCUCAUGUCCCAUCUCCAGGAGAACAUCCCCAACUUCGACGUGCAGUCGCAAAUCCUCUAUAACCGCACACUCGUCCAGGUUGGACUCUGUGCCUUCCGCAAGGGCCUGGUAUACGAUGCCCAGAACACUCUGCAGGAGAUCUGCGGCAGUGGCCGGCAAAAGGAGCUGCUGGCACAGGGUGUGAUGAUGCAGCGCUUCAACCAGGUUUCGCCCGAGCAAGAGAGGCUGGAGAAAUCACGCCAGCUCCCCUUCCACAUGCACAUCAACCUGGAGCUACUCGAGUGUGUGUACCUCGCCUGCAGCAUGCUGCUCGAGAUCCCCCUCCUCGCCCAGACCGGCUCGUCGCCCGACGUCAAGAAGCGUGUCAUCAGCAAGACCUACCGCCGCAUGUUGGAGUACCACGAGCGCCAGAUCUUCACUGGGCCUCCUGAGAACACGCGCGACCACGUGAUGCAGGCGUCCAAGGCGCUUGCCGCCGGCGAGUGGAAGAAGUCGACCACGUUCAUCCACAACAUCAAGAUCUGGGACCUGAUGGCGAACACGGAGGACAUCAAGACCAUGCUGUCCAAGCAGAUCCAGGAGGAGGGUCUCCGGACGUACCUGUUCACCUACGCUCCCUUUUACGACACGCUGUCGGUCGAGACACUCGGCACCAUGUUCGAACUGGAGCCCACCAAGGUGUCUGCCAUUAUCAGCAAGAUGAUCAGCCACGAGGAGCUCUCUGCCUCGCUGGACCAGGUCACCUCCAACGUCAUCUUCCGCAAGGGCGUCGAGCUCAGCCGUCUGCAGUCGCUGGCGCUCACCCUCUCCGACAAGGCCAGCUCGCUCAUCGAGACCAACGAGCGCACGCUGGAGCAACGCACACAAGGCUCGUCAAAUGCCUUUGACAGGCCUGGGCGAGGCCGAGGCGGCGGUCGCGGCGGUGCACGGGGGCGCGGAGGCGGUGGCCGUGGCGGCGGUAACACACAGCGCCAAGCUGGUGGGACACAGUUCACGGGCGGAGCAUUGGGUGCUGCUGUCCGGGGUUAG